GAUGUCGAAUCUGUAGUCAACAACAAAUGGCUAAAGGGGGCGAUGUUAUCUUUUCUCUGUCUAUUUCACAUCACAUCAUAUCUGUACUGCUUCUAGUUUCUUCGACUCUCUCUCAAAACACACUCGUUUUCCAGCCGUCCUCUCUCACUGCUACUGGACCUGCGGUCACCGCAUAUUUACUGGGGAACACCUCGGCUGUUUCACUGAACCUGAGGACAGUUUCUCCAUCCAACACAACAGAGAGCCUUGGAUCCCCAUCAUGUGCAGAAGAAGCAACACGAUGGGUGCUCACAACAGAGCAGCUAGGAAAUACUGCAUUACGAGUGAAUCUGAAAUUGAAUCAAAGUCUGCGCUUGUGUGCUGUGAAUGACACAAACAGUGACUGCUGUCUGAAGUCUCUGUGUGUCCUGGAAACCCUCCAGUUGUCUGCCUGCGUUGGCAGCACACCCCAGGCAUCGCUGCUGAUCCAGACCUCCAUUCAUGCCCAGUUGUUCCCUGCUAAUGCCGGAUCCGAUAACAAAACAAUCAUUCCAAACCAAGUGUACCAACCGCUGGGUGUUUGUCCCUGUGACCUGACAUUCAGAGUUUGUGACAUACGAUGCUGCUGUGAUCAGGACUGUUCCAGUGAUGAUUUGAAGCUAUUUGUAUCUCAAUGUCUGCCAGGACCGUUUGGUGGACAGGUGUCUCCUGCUCCGGAUUAUCAGUGCUCCGUACAAUCCUCUGAAAAGACUUCAGACUGGUUUCCAUUUUUAUGUGUCAAUUCUCCACCUGAAAACAACCCUUAUCUUGGUUACUUUUACCAAGGAGACACAAUUGCAUCUAGUCCUGGUCCUUCUUACCAAGCUCCUGUACUGUCAGCCCCGGGGCCAGUUAGUCUUUAUGUUCAAGGAAGUCCAAUUAUUCUGAAAAAUGGCCAGUACUUCUCUAUUCCUCAGAUGCUCCUCAGACAGUGCACGAAUGGGGCUCCGGCAGCGUUUCUGAAAAACUUCCAAGUCGARUGUGUGACUCGUCUUAGCUCCUGUCCAACUGGAGCUCCUUUACAAACACAAGCAGCUGAUAUGAGCUCUGAAGUUAUGAAUGGGGAGGGAGGAGUGGUGGUGGUGARUGUAACUGAUGUCGAGGCCUCUGACUUGAGUUUGUUCAUUUCUGAAAGUGGAGCAGUGAACUCUACAUCUGAGGGACUGGUGUGUCAAAACGUGACCUUAGCUCUGGACUACAAAUUCUACUGGACAGGAAAUGGCCUCACAGGUGUCUCAGUGACUCGCACUGUUGGGUCCAUCCUCUUCAGUGGAAGUGUGGCRUUAACAACAAGAUAUUCAGCCGUGUUUUUAAACAGAGAAUUUAUGCCUGAGACCAAGUCAGGAAACCCAGGUUAUCAGGUGGGAAGGCCUGUUGUUGCUGGUGUCGUGGGCAACAAUACAGAAGCAAUGCAGAAGACAUCCAUUAAUAUCUGGAAACCAGUACAUGAUGGACUGUGCUCCACUGCUCGGAUGAAACCAGUUCAAUUCGGGGAAAAUUCAACCUCAGGGUGCCUGCUAGCUGUCAGUCAGCAGGAUCUGACUCAGUGUGAUCUCCUCAGAGAAACGGUUGCUAAUAUGCAGGACGCUCUGACAGCUGCUACAUAUGUAGCAAAACACGGAAACCCCGAUCUUUUAACUUGGACAGACUGGGUCAACAUAAGCUUCGUGACACUGAACUCAAGUACAGCUGUGGGAGACGUGUCUAGUGCAUGCAGUGGUAUUCCAUCUCACCAGCAUAUCCAAGUUUGGACUCUAACCGCUGGCCUGAUAGACGGCGUACCGCAGAAAGAAAUCCAUGCUUUAGAAGUCAGUUACAGUCUGUCUGCUUGGUCACUGAGUUGUGGAGGGGGUGAUGUUUCUUCCUGUGACAACCUCGCAGAGUCACAGUUGUUCCCCGUCACAUCCACAGUCACAUUUACUGACAUUCUCGUCAACACAGGACCACCCAAAAACAGGUUUCGGAUCAACUUCACUGAAUACGACUGUAACAGGAACGAUGUGUGUUGGCCUGAGCUCGCCUUUCCGUUCACUAGAUAUUACACAGGUGAGCCUUAUUCUCAGUCGCUGGCUAAAGGACUGAUCCUGGUUUUCAUGUUCAUUGCUGCCUCGAUCCUUGGAACUCCUUGGAGACAAAUCAGACAGGCAUGGCACAACGCUGCUCUCUAAAACUACUUCAAUAUGUUUUAAAAUAUAAAGAGAUAAAGAGAGAGUAAGGUGCUAAAAUAUGAUUUCAGUGUGAAAUGUUUCAACACGUUUUUUCAUUGAAUGUGGCUCACAGUUUUAUAGUUUUGAAAUGUUGGUGAUUUUGUAAAUGUUAACAGUUGUUGUAAUAUUGCUAUAGUUUGUAAUAAAAAUAUUUUUMUACUAAGUCUUGUAAA